AUGGCAUCUCUUUACUCCACCCUAACCUACUGGCUCGUGCACCACCCCUACAUCGCCAACUUCACGUGGACAGAAGGUGAAAACCUUGGCUCCACCGUCUCCUUUGUCUUCGUCGUAAUCUCUGUUUACCUCUCCGCCACAUUCCUCCUUCGAUACUACAUCGAUGCACUCCCCACACUCGGUCCCCGUAUUCUCAAACCAAUCACAGCCGUCCACAGCCUCGUCCUCUUCUUGCUCUCCUUAGUCAUGGCCGUGGGCUGCACUCUCUCCCUGAUCUCGUCUCAAGAUCCCAAGUUGCGUUUGGUACACGCCAUCUGUCUCCCCCUCGAGGUGAAACCUAGCGGGCCACUUUUCUUCUGGGCUCAAGUCUUCUACCUCUCCAAGAUCCUCGAGUUCGUGGACACGCUUCUCAUCAUACUCAACAAAUCAACCCACCGGCUCUCGUUUCUCCACGUCUACCACCACGCCACGGUUGUGGUCAUGUGCUACCUCUGGCUCCGGACCCGCCAAUCUAUGUUUCCGGUUGGUCUCGUGAUGAACUCGACGGUGCACGUUAUCAUGUACGGUUACUACUUCCUCUGCGCCGUCGGGUCGAGGCCCAAGUGGAAGAUGUUGGUGACGAACUGUCAGAUUGUUCAGUUUGUUGUCGGCUUGGGGUUAGGAACCGGGGGAAUGCUCCCAAAGCAUUAUUUCGGGUCGGGUUGCUCCGGGGUUUGGGGACUUUAUUUCAACGGUGUGUUUAAUGCUUCACUCUUGGCUCUCUUCUACAACUUCCAUUCCAAGAACUAUGCGAGGUCUACAACCUCCAACAUGUAUAAGAUCGAAUCCUUUAUAUUUAUAAACGGAGAGAGGUGGGCGAAAAAGGCCAUAAGCUUAUUUUCGAAAAAAUAUGAUUAAAAAACUUUCUUGUUUGAUGUAUUGUUUGUUAGUUGCCACUCCAAAAUGUUGGGA